AUGGCAACACUCAAUAUUCCCCCAAAUCUCUCCUCCUUGACGUUUUUCCAAUGUAACCUCCGCACACCAAAUUUCUCUUUUCCCAUCAAAGUCACUACUACUCGCCAAGAAAAAUACCAAUUUCUUACCGCAACUAACCAUGUGAGACGUACCACCGCCCAAGGAUCCACCUCCGAGUAUGAUUUCGUCCGAGGCUCCCACGUUUCCGUUCUUGUGUCAAACACCAUGACAAUACUCGGCCUCCGGUUGAUAAAGUCACCUACAACUACAGGCGUUCCGGUUAUAUAUAUCUUGUUGCCAAUGACCUUAGAGUUGGUCGACCCAACGACCACGAACGGCAUGUCAGGACCACGGCGCGCCGUGUGA